AUGGUUGGCAUCCAACAACCCCCGCCAGACUAUGAUAUGAUCAUUGUGGGGGCCGGCUUUGCCGGCGUCACCUUGCUCUACCAUCUUCGCAAACAGGGUCAUCGUUGCCGGGUGUUGGAGGCCGGGUCAGAUCUGGGAGGAACCUGGUUCUGGAACCGUUAUCCUGGGGCACGCGUCGACACAGAGGCUCCCUUUUACGGAUUGUCUAUCCCCGAGAUCUGGGAGAGCUGGCAGUGGAGUGAGAAGUUCCCCUCUCAGCCAGAACUUCGACGAUACUUCGCCCAUCUGGACAAGAUGCUCGGGCUAAAGCAGGACAUUGACUUUCACACGCGGGUCACGCAUGGGCAAUUCCGCGAAGACCGCUGGCAUAUCACGAUAGCGGACGGCCGCCACCUCACCAGUCGAUUCCUGAUCGCCUGCCCCGGUCCCGGUACCGUGCCACACAUCCCGUCGUUUCCGGGGCUCGAGUCCUUCCAGGGCACAGUGACGCACUCAUACGAGUGGCCAGAGGAAGGCAUCGAGCUGGCCGGCAAACGUGCCGCGGUGAUCGGCACAGGGGCGUCAGGCGUGCAAAUCGUGCAGGACUGGGCCAAACGCGCACAGCACCUGACCGUCUUUCAACGGACUCCAAACACCGCGCUCCCCAUGCAGGCUGAGGGCUGGAUGCCCGACACAACCCUCACACACGCCGCCUUCUGCAACUACCGCAAUACACACUUCAGUGGUGUCAACUACCAGUUCACUCCGAUCAACACCUUUGAUGUCGCUGACCCAGCCGCACGGAAGGCCUUCCGGGAGUCGCUGUGGCAGCGCGGUGGGUUUCCCUACGUCUACGCAAAUUACCAAGACGUGAUGAUCAACCCGGCCGCUAACCGCGAGAUGUACGACUUUUGGGCGUCCAAGACUCGUGCCCGCAUCAUCGAUCCCCGCAAGCGCGAUCUCCUCGCCCCCCUCGAGCCCCUGCACCCCAUGGGCGCCAAACGUCCGACCGUCGAGUUGGACUACUACGACCAGUUCAACCGGCCAAACGUCGACCUGGUCGAUCUUCGCUCAACCAGAAUCCACUCAUUCGAACCCAAGGGUCUCACUACUACCGAUGGCCGUUUCUUCCCCCUGGACGUCGUCGCUCUCGCUACCGGCUUUGACAUGAUCACCGGCGGUCUCACCCACAUGGGGCUUCAGAGCGUCGACGGGGACUCCCUCUACGACCAGUGGCGGGGCGAUGGAGGCGUGAAGACCUACCUUGGGAUGUCCAUCCACGGCUAUCCCAACAUGUUCUUCCUGGCGGGGCCGCAAGGUCCCUUGUCCUUCUCGAGUGGGCCCAUCGGCAUUGAAGUGCAGUGCCAGCUCAUCUGCGAUGCCAUCCAGUCGCUGCAUGUCGGGGGACACACUAUUUUUGAGCCCACAGCUCCCGCGCAGGAAGCUUGGAGUCAACGGGUCAAGGCGAUGUUCGAUGAAACCUUGUUCCUUCAGUCCCCGGAUUCGUGGUUCUUGGGUGGGAACAUUCCGGGCAAGAAACGGGAGUUGUUGACUUAUGCGGCCGGGUUGCCGCAGUAUCAGAAAGAUUGCCAUAAGGCCUUUGGUACGUGGGAAGGGUUUGUGCGGAAAUAGAACUGUUGAGACUUAGGACGCAUGAUGCUGUAUUGCCCUGGGGAGUGAUCCUUGGCGCGCUCUUCCUCCUUGGCUAUGUAAUUUUGCGUUUUGCAACUCGGAGUCUUCACUGGAUUCAAUAUAGUCUGAAGUAAAAUCC